CCGGCUCAUUAUGCGACGGGAGCGCGGCUGUGAUAGGUUGAAGGUGCUGCCCGUCCGGCCGCGGCUGCUGCCUCCUUGUGCCUGCGCUGCGGGCGGGAGAGCGGCGCCGGGCCGGGCAGUGCAGGCAGCGGGCGGGCAGCGCAGCCCCAUGGAGCCGUGCUGAGGUACCGGGGGUUCCCCCUGCGGCUCCGGGUCGAGCCGAACCGAGCCGGGCAGGCUCCAGCCAUGUAUCCCGCCACGCCCGCGGGCACAUGGGGCAGCGCUUGAAUCGCUGCCUCGAUGUCCCCGUGGCAUUGCCGCCGCUGAGGCGGAGGCUCCUGCUGCUCUUCAUCAUGCUCUUCCUCUGGCUCUACAUGUUUUACUCCUGCGCCGGCUCCUGCGCCGGGUUGGCGACCCGCGGUUCUCCCGCACCUCCCCGCGCAGCCCCGCCGCUCGGACCGGGCGAGGAGAGCAGCCUGGAGGAGCAGCGGGCAGCGCCCGACGCCGCCAGCCCCAUCUCCAGCUUCUUCAACGGCUCCGGUACCAAGCGGCUGCCUCAGGCCAUCAUCAUCGGCGUGAAGAAGGGGGGGACGCGGGCGCUGCUGGAGUUCCUGCGGGUGCACCCCGAUGUCCGCGCCGUCGGCGCCGAACCCCAUUUCUUCGACCGCAACUACGAGCGGGGACUCGCCUGGUACAGAGACCUCAUGCCCAGGACCCUGGACGGGCAGAUCACCAUGGAGAAGACCCCCAGCUACUUUGUCACCAAGGAGGCCCCAGCCCGCAUCUCCUCCAUGUCCAAGGGCACAAAGCUCAUCGUGGUGGUGCGGGACCCCGUCACCAGAGCCAUCUCGGACUAUACCCAGACGCUGUCCAAGAAGCCCGAUAUCCCCACCUUUGAGAGCCUGACCUUCAAAAACAGGACUACGGGCCUGAUCGACACCUCGUGGAGCGCCAUCCAGAUCGGCAUCUACGCCAAGCACCUGGAGAACUGGCUCCUCUACUUCCCCAUCGGGCAGAUCCUCUUCGUCAGCGGGGAGAGGCUGAUCAGCGACCCCGCGGGGGAGCUGGGCCGGGUCCAGGACUUUCUGGGCCUCAAGAGGAUCAUCACCGACAAACACUUCUACUUCAACAAAACCAAGGGCUUCCCCUGCCUGAAGAAGGCAGAAGGCAGCAGCAAACCCCACUGCCUGGGGAAGACGAAAGGCAGGACCCACCCCGACAUAGACCAGGAGGUGGUGCAGAGACUGCGGGACUUCUACCGGCCCUUCAACAUGAAGUUCUACCAGAUGACGGGGCAGGACUUCGGCUGGGACUGAGGCUGGUGUGGGAAAGUCCCCUGUAAUUACUUGCCCAGCACGGUUUGCAUAUAUAAAGAGAUAUAUAUGUAUGUAAAAUGUACAGAAAUCUAUUUUAUAAUAAUUUAUUUUUAAUUCCUAAGCAAUUAAUUCACUAAGCUGCCUAACCGCACUGGCUAGAACGGUAGCCUGUAACCUGUUUAACAUUCCACGGUGUUUAAUUCUAAUAUGUCUCUCCUUUAUUUUUUCCCCCCCCUCCUUCUAUUUUCUCCUGUUAUUGGUUUGGUUUGUAACAGAUGGUGCUUCCAUUUUUCCUAAAACAAAAUUUGUAUUUAAAACAAAAACAAACAAAAAAAAAAGCGAGGGUGGCAAGGGAGGGUUGGGGAGGGAAAGCACAAGUUUAUUUUUGUUACGGGUAUCUGGCCUUUAUAAACACUUGCUUUCCCUAUUCCGGUGUCCCAGUCUCUGCUCCGCUGUUGUGCUCCCUGGUCCCACAGCCUUGCAGUGAGUCCCGCAGCCCCGGGGGGUUUCUCUGGGGCGGGUAUGGGGAGGUCGGACAUCUCCCUACAACCCACAUACCUCUGCUGAGCAGCAGCGUGUUUUACCAGCGCAGGGAAGCCCAAGCCAUAGAGCUCCUGCUCUCAGCUCUGCCAGGAGGGGAACGUGCUGGUUUUCCAGUGGAGAAGCCGCAGAGCCUGUUGCAUGGGCAGAGCUGGCUCUGCAGUGUGCUUUUCCUUCUUGCCUUUUGUCAAGGAGGCUUUUUCCCAUGGUCCCUCUAUGCAUUUUAAAUCCUUACUGCAGGACAAAUGUGAAAAUACGUGUAUUGUGACACGCUGGGUGCUGGUCUGAAUGACUCGCGGGACGCUUUGCUCUGUGGGUGCCGGUGGCUGCACUGGCAGUGUGGGGAGCAGCACCCACCCCAAAAAAGCCCAGCAGAGCCAGGGAGCCAUGUGAAAAGCCCAGGUCUCUGCUUGGUGGCCUCCCCAGCGUGGAGAGUGUCCCAGGACACAGCACAGGCAGUGCUACCUCCAGCCCCGCAGCCUCCAGCGCACAGGACUGGGGAACAUCAGCCUUGACCCUCUUCACUCCCAUGACUUUUUGGUCCAACACCCCCUCCAUGGUCUAUCCCAAGGAGCAGCGUUUGCCUAGAGCCAGGAAGAAAUGCUGCUUUGCCAAUGAGGAUGAAUGUGUAUUAAAGCAGGGGGGAGUCUGGGCUGUGCUUGGGCUGGGCUGUUGCCCUGGGUGGGUGUGGGGGGCAGCCAGGCAGGACAAGAAGCUCUGAGCUCUUAUCCAUCAACCCAGGUACAAUAGCCUGGAGAUCCUUCACCUCAUGCUUUGGGGCAUUAGGACAAGUUGGUGGGGCUCUCCUGAGAGCUCUAGCCAUGUUCUGUGUGCUCAGGAGGUUUUGAUAAAUACCACGUGUGUCCGAUGCCUUAUCUUUACUGUCUUUAGUGUUGGAGGUUCUGCUAGCUCCACUGGAACAUUUUCAGAGCAAGGUGGUAGCAGAAGUGAUUUGCUUCUUGAAUUUUGAACAGAAGAAGGGCUAUAUUGUCUUUGGGCAACAAAAACCCAUGCGCCUCUCGCCUGCAGGCACUGAAAUGAUGUACUACACCGAGUGUGGAUCUUGCUGGAUAAAUCUGAUGGCACUGUGUGAGUACUUGCAUAAAGCAGGUGGUAUAAGUAAAAUGCAAAAACAGUAAACGCACCAACGGGCAGAGCGUAUGUGAGUUGAGUUAAUGCUCUAUUUUCAUAUGCAUUGCCUAUGUAAAUGCGUGCCUGCACCUCUCCCCAGUCCCCCAUAGCAAACCAGCUUUGGGCACCACAUUGCUGAGCCAUGCCCAGCUGUGGUGGGGUACAUGCAGUGGCAUUUCCCAGAUGUUUCUUUUACUUUCACAGCUGCCUUGCUUCUUUCCUGCUCCUUAUAGCUCCCUGCUGUGACUGUUUGGUGAUAAAAAGGCUUUUUGGAGCCCGGGCUGCUCUCCCUGGGGCUUGAUCUGGCCCUGCUCAGGUGGAUAUAAGAAAGAGCAGACCCACUGCUGGGUCUGCUGCAGGGAUCUGCAAGGUGAAGUGCCACCCUUCAGCACUUUGAACCUAAGGGCUCUUGGCUUGGCUCAGCGGUGUCUCAUCUCCAAAGGGAUUUAGGGACUCUCACCCCGUCAGUGCCAGUGAGGUGUGUGUGGGUUCAUACGUGGGGUGCAGCACGCUGGGAUGUCCUCGAGGAAAGGGGGAUGCUGAGCAUAACAUCAGGACCGAGCUGCUGUGAGCAGGAUGCAAAUCCCUCUCGGGGUUUUGCCUUCAACAACAUCUUCCUAUAAAAAGGGAAAGCUGGCCAAAUCCUCUCCUUUUAGCCCUAAGCCAUUUCUAGCAAUGAAGCAACGAUUCACAUUGAAGCAUCCCCCUUCCAGAGGUGACAGCCGUGAGUGCGGGUGGGUGGCACAGGUUGACAGACGUCACCCACCCCCCAUUCUGCAAAACGCAGCUGCAAACCUCAAGUGGUGGUUGGAUCUUCAUGUUUGGGGUCUUUGGUUUUUGGUCCAGCCAGGUCCCUGGCACUGUUCUGUGACAAAUGCCUGAGCGUGUCUGCUCCAUCCCAAACCAGCUGCUGUUGGGUGACCAACGGGAAGGGGCUGAGGGGUGGGAGGGAGAGGAAGAUACUUUCUGGUGGAAAAGAUUUUUCUCAAAAACAUCAGUCUUCCUACUAGCCAGCUUAUGCAAUGUAUGGAAAGAAGCUCAUCCUCUACACUUGGCCUUUGAGCAAGCUCCAGCCACCAUGGUGCCACUUCCCCAGGCGGUUUCACCAGCUGAGUCCUUCUGCAGUGAAACCCUCUGGAUCCACCACCUUGUGUUGCUCCCAUCCCUGCGGUUCCCUUCAGAACUGCUUGUGAGUGCCGGAAGAUUUCACAUCCCUUACGUCUUCCUUCUGGGAAACAAGUUUUUAAUAUCCCAAUGCCUUCCUCAGCUAUACAGCAGAGCGUGGGCUUAAUUUGUAUAAUCAAGCCCUGCUGCAAAAUGCUCUCAUGAAGCAAUCUUGUUGGAGAGCAGAAAUACAGAGAGUGAGUAAUAACUCUUCUAACCUUAAGCAAAUUGUUAGCCCUGGCUCAAUAUCCUUCUUAAUGAAGUCUGCACUAGACUUAAUCCAAAGGCCUUACCUAACAUGACUAUGAAGGUGAAUUCCCUGUGGUGUACAUCUGGUUGCUAAUACUGGAAUCAGUGCUAUUGUCAUCAUUUAAAACAACACCUUUUUUUUGAAGUUAGCCUUGGAGCUGUGACUAGAAGUUUUGGGUUGUUCUUUUUUUGCCCUCACAUUGUAACAUUAAUUUAUGGCUGAGUUUCAUUCAGUCCUGUAUUCAGCAGUGCAGUACAGGUAUUAGUGAUGUGUUUUCUGUAAUGUGGUACUAUAGGGUAGCUGAUUUGUAAGAAAAAGAAAAAAAUGGAAGGAAACACACAGAAAAAAAAACACGAAAAAGAAAAUCUGAUAAAAAAAUGUAAAUCGAGUAUUUUGUGGUAUGUACAACACAAAUUAAUUUUACACAGAGAUGUUUCUAGGAAAAUACAAUUCUGAUAAUUCAUACUAUUUGUAUGAACAAAUAAAAGCUCUAUUUUACCAA